AUGGUGGUAACAAAAAAUCUUGUGUUAAAGCUAAAAGAAUAACUCUGCCUCAGCUAUAUGUGGCCUGAGUUAAUCCUUACAAACGCGUGCAGCUCCUCGUCAGUGAAAGUCCUGCACACUGAGCCACAGAGGAGUUUUCCCUCCUGAGAGCAACAUGCAGAUUAACCUCAACAGCCACCAACACAGGACGUCUGCACCGCUGCAAUGAUGCCUCCUCACCAAGUAAGCUCUGGGACGUUCAGCUGUAAGUGAACGACGACAAACCACCAUGAGCGCCGACACUGUUUGCAGGACAGAGAUGGACUCGGAGCACAACUGUGAGUUGGCUGACUUGGUUUCGGCCAUAAAUGUGGCUGCCAACCGCAUAACCCCGCCUAACGGCUACAGGUCGGGUGCUCCGAGGGCCAUGAAACUCUCAGACAGGAAGCUGUCACUGCAGGAGAGAGGGAGCCGCAUGGCUCGCCAGCCCACCAUCGAGACCAAACGUGUGUCCAUCACGGAUGGUGAUGAUUGUGUCCAGCUCAACCAGUAUAAGCUAAAGAAUGAAAUUGGAAAGGGUUCAUACGGAGUCGUAAGAUUAGCUUAUAAUCAAGAUUCCGAGCAGUACUACGCAAUGAAAGUUGUUUCCAAGAAGAGGCUGAUGAGGCAGUGUGGAUUUUUGCGCCGUGUGCCUCCUCCAGGAUCAAACUCUGUGUUCCCUUUGGAGAAAGUGUACAAAGAGAUCGCCAUUCUGAAGAAACUGGACCACCAUAAUGUUGUUAAACUAGUGGAGGUGCUUGAUGAUCCUGAUGAAGAUGGACUUCAUAUGGCCUUCGAAUUGGUGAAAAAAGGCCCGGUGAUGGAGGUGCCGACAGACGACCCUUUCACUGAGGAGCAGGCUCGCUUUUACUUCACAGAUGUCGUCCUGGGAAUAGAGUACUUGCACUACCACAAGAUCAUCCACAGGGACAUCAAACCCUCCAACCUGCUGCUGGGGGACGACGGUCACAUAAAGAUCGCAGACUUUGGCGUGAGCAACGAGUUUGAGGGGACGGACGCCCUCCUGUCGAGCACGGCGGGGACACCAGCCUUCAUGGCCCCUGAAAUGAUGACCGAACACGAGCAGAGCUUCAGCGGAAAGGCAUUAGACGUGUGGGCGAUGGGAGUCACACUCUACUGUUUUGUCUUUGGGAAGUGCCCUUUUUACGACGAGUACAUUGUCUCUCUGCACAACAAGAUCAAGAACAAACCUGUGGAGUUUCCAGAGACACCAGUCAUUAGUAAUGAAUUGAGGGGGCUCAUUGAAAGGAUGCUGGAUAAAAACCCUGAAACAAGAAUCACCAUCCCUGAAAUUAAGCUCCACGUGUGGGUGACAGAGAACGGCUCCAAUCCUCUUCCACCGGAGGAGGAGAACUGCACUGCGGUGGAGGUCACUGAGGAGGAGGUGCAGAACAGCAUCAAACUCAUCACCAGCCUUUCCACUGUGAUUCUGGUGAAGUCCAUGCUGAGGAAGCGGUCUUUCAGUAAUCCCUUUGAGUGUCAGGGCAGACGGGCGGAGAGGUCCAUGUCUGCCCCUGGAGGUCUUCUUACUGGCUCUUGGGGCUUAUUAAGGUCUUCACCGCAGCUUCAUCCUUCCUUAAGGAAAAUCAGCAAUGAGGGGAGCAGAGAGGGGGAGUUGGAGAACUUGAUGGAAGACGAUACAUUUAUAGAGAGUACAGAUUAAAUUGACAUAUGCACACAG